AUGGCACUCAAAGACUAUCUCCCAGACUUCAAGGGAGCCUUAAACUCCUUUUAUGAUGAAAGACUAAAAGACGCCAUUGAAAAUAAGAGUGCCGAAUAUAAGAGAUUAUUACAAGAAAACUUUGCUUAUG